AUGACGUCAAGGAACUUUCCAGACUUCUAUUACAAGAUAACAAAGACAUUACCUUGGAAUAAGGUAUUGGAUAUUUUGCUAAUUGACACGAUCAUACUGUGUGGGCAUGCUAAUAAAACUCCCGAAGGGAAAACUAUCUACCAUCCUGAUGAUGUUCAUGAUGCAGAGGUUCAGUGGAACUGGAUAGAACAAAAUCUUAAGGAUUCUAAGGCUGACUAUCUUCUUGUGGGUGGACACUAUCCAGUCUACUCAAUAGGGUUUCACGGACCAAUUGAAUGCCUCUAUACGAGGCUCGAACCUUUACUGUACAGGCAUAGUGCUACGGCGUAUAUGGCCGGGCACGACCACUCUUUUCAGCAUAUUCAAAUGCACAAAAAUGGGCAGAACAUGGACUAUAUUAUCAGCGGAAAAGGGUCUAAAGUUAACGAAUCACAGAGACAUGUUGAUGAUGUGCCAACCAAAUCACUGAAGUUUUUCUCCGAAGAGAAAGGCACUGGAGGAUUUGCUAUGUUUGACGUGUCCGGCGCAAGAAUGAAAAUCAAGUUUAUAGACAGUAAUGGCGUAGAAAAUUAUGUAUAUGAAAUACAGCCUCGAAAAUCAGAAUGA